AUGUUUCAAUUGGUUUCUGUGGCCGAGGUAAAUAAAGCGUAUGUGUCAUAUCCUGGAGGUGUUUCCAUGUGUCUUCGCUUUCCGUUUUGUCACUGCGUUUGGGCUCACGCAAUGACAUUAAUUGAAAUUUCAGGCCACUACCGUAGAUGGGUGGCUCGUGGAGAGAGUGAGGGUUGGAAUUAUUCUAACAGCUUUGUGGUUGUGUGUGCCGUGCUUUUGGAAAAUAUUGCAGCCAAUGAAAGGGAAGGCAAGUGUCACCUUACUUUCCAUGCCGCGGCAUCAAUGCAUCACGAUUAUAUGCUAGUUGCUCUGCAAGGGAAGGUCGUGAAGGCGAAGGUUAGCUUCCGGUUUAGGGAAGUGCAAAGACUUCCUGAUACUACUGUCAGAAACUACUGUUGCUGCGUGCUUCAGGCACUGGGUCAGUAA